AUAAUUGGCACAGAAAAGAUGCGCAGAGUGAAUGCAAUGAAUCGGAUUCUUCUUCUCAUUCGCCACCCUCUCUCUGUUUCCAAACCCACUCUUCUUCCAUUACCAUUCUUUCUCCAAUCCAAUCGAACACGAUUAAUAAUGGAUUCUAAUAAUAUACAAAACAAUCAACUCCCAGUUUCGUCACUUACCACCACAUUUUGCACUUCCCACAAAGAUCUAUCAAAGAAGACUUGUGUACCGUGUAAUUCGAAGGAUUUGCAACCCAUGACAGAGGAUGCAGCUCGUACUCUUAUUCCACAGGUUUCGGAGUGGAAUUUGGUAAACGAAGGUGGUUCUUUGAAACUGAGCAGGUCAUGGAAAGUUAAGUCUUUUAACAAAGGAUUGGAGUUUUUCAGAUUAAUAGCUGAUCUUGCUGAAGCUGAAGGUCAUCAUCCUGAUCUUCACCUUGUUGGCUGGAAUAAUGUUACUAUAGAGAUUUGGACUCAUUCUGCUGGUGGGCUGACAGAGAAUGACUUCAUACUUGCUGCUAAGAUCAAUGAGCUUAAUGUGCAUAGCUUACUAAGAAGGAAAGCUUCUGACUGAAUUAUCUAUAUGAAGAGGAACUAAGAACUUGUAGAUAUUCUAGAGUUAUCAAGUUUUCUGUCCAUUUUUCCAUUAAAAAAAAAGAAUGGGCUAGAAUUAUUAUGUUUAGUUCCAACCACAAAUUUGAGCACAGCAUAUUGUUAUGUCAACCAUCUAUGUGGAGAGAACUUGUUUUUUUUACAAUUAUGCUAGAAUUACUAUGUUUAGUUCCAAUCAUAUUGUUUUAGGCACUACGGCAUCUCUAACUAUGUUAAUUUUAUUUAUUGAAUUGAAAUCCGGUGGUUGUAACUGA